CAAAUUUUGGGUUUCGAUAGUGUUGUCCACCUCCCUUCUUCACUAUACAAUAACCACACAAAACUCAAAUCCACAACCCAGCCAUCGGCUUCUUCGCAAAGAAAAAUUUUACAGAGAAAAAAAAACGAGAGAGAGAAAAGAAAAGGAGUGAAACCAAUCUCAGAUUCUCUUUCAUUGGGAAACUUCCAUGGUUCUCGUUCAAAGACCAUAGUUUAUUUGUUAAAUUGACAUCUGGGUCUCUCUUAAAAUCAGAAAUUGUUGAUGAUUUUUGGUGGGUAUUAUUGGGAUGGUGAACAAUCAUCAAGAAGAUAGGGACAGGAACAACCACCAAUCAGCCAUUGCGAUAGGUGGAGGAGCUACCAGGUCAUGGGGCACCACCGCCUCGGGCCAAUCGGUUUCGACUAGCGGCAGUGUUGGGUCCCCAUCGAGUCGCAGCGAGACGGCAAAUGCCACACCGGCAAGUGAGAACACUUUUCAGAGGCUAAACCAUCUCGACAUUCACGGGGACGAUGCCGGAUCUCAAGGGGCUGCUGG